AUGAGCAAGACCGAACGGGAGGAGAGCAGGGAGAAGGGCAAUGGGAAGCGGAGGGGCCGGGAGAAGGGCAAGGACAGGGGCAAGAGCAAGAGCAAGAGCAAGAGCAAGAGCAAGGACAAGGGCAAGGGCAAGGGCAAGGGCAAGGAGGCCGACGGCGACGACCUGCCCUCUGACCGCGACAGGACCAUGGCGCUAUACGAAUCGACGCCUGAGAAUGGUGAGAGCAACGACGGCGACGACCAGCCGGCCAAGCCGGCCCUCGCGCCAGGCCGCUCACCGACGGCGCGGACGCCGCCGGGCCGCUCCGACUCGCCGCAUCGGACCACGCCGCCGCCGUCGAGCAGCCGUGGUGAGAGCGGGAGCAGCGGUGGCCCAUCGCUCCGGUUGCCUUCGGCGGGAAAGGCCAAGGCAGUGUCUGCCAAGACCACUGCGGUGUCGAUCCGGCGGCCAUCGCUGCCGACAUCGCAACUGCCCAACUCUCGCCACGGGCGGAGCAAGUCGGGCAGCGGCAGUGGCGGGCCGUCGCGCAAGUCGGCGACCGACAUCCGCCACGCCAUCCGGUCGCUCUCGGCGGCGCCAGUUUUCUCGUCGCAGUGGUUUAGCAUGUGCGAUGCGCUCGAGUCGGUGGCAGCGGUUGCGGUCAAGGAGACCAAGGCUGUGCGCGACGGGUGCGGAUCGCCAAGUGGGCGCAAAACGCUGUGGGAGCGCGACGAAGUCUGUGUACGGUUUGUGCUGGAGGAGGGCAAGCUCAAUCUUGUGGUCCGCAACCUGCGCGAAUUCAAGGUGAUGCAGCGGAACAUGGUGCUCAAUCCGAGUUUCAAAACGUCGCUGGUGGGCAAGCUGAAAAAGGGUCCGAUGCAGGUGGACGAGGCGCUGCGGUCGUUUGAAGACAAUCUAGGCGUGGUCUUGCUGGCGUGCGUAUGGGCCAUCGAGGCCAUGCAGACGAUGGACAUGCCGCUUCUGCUGCAGCACUGCGCGGAGACGAUGCAGUUUGCGCUGGCCAAACCCGAGUUUGUGGCCGGCCUCGCCGAGGCGCACGAAUCGGGCGUGCUCCAACAGUGCCAGGAGGCCGUUGUGCUCUCGUAUCUGCUGCGAGUGCUGAGCGAGCUCGACUCGCUCGCCGAAGACCGCGUUGUCGAGCUGUUUGACGAGCUCAAGCUCAUGCCGCUGAUGGCGAGCUUUCUCGCAGCGCACGGCAGCGUGCUGAGCAACGCAGCCAAGGCCGACGGCGCGCAGGCGCUGGCGACGCUUGUCGAGUCGGAGGCGUUUGUCACCUCGCCCGAGGCCUUUCUUCCCGACGACGAGGCCGAGGACGCGAUCCUUGCCGCCGUCAACUCGGUCAUCAAGCCGAUGCUCGACGCGUCACCGGCGAUGGCGGCCACGCUCCGGGUCACUGCCUUGCUCACGCUUGUCGAGGGCUGGUGACGACGAAGCGCCCCUCGGGGGCUGUCAGUGGUGGAGGCGGAGCGAGGCGCCGACGUCGUUGGGCAGAACAAACAUUUCGCUUGCGGCUUCUUCGGCAGCCAGCUCGGCAGAGAACAUGUGCUGUAGAAAGUACGCGAUGUUGUGGUUGGCCUUGACGGACCAGACGACGUCCGGGGUGCCAGUGGACGACUCGGGUGAGACCUGCGAAAACUGGGCCAUGUACUGGUGGUGGUUGAGGACAAAGCUCUCGAGCUCGUUUUCGAGCGGCGUCUUGGACCUGCUCUCGUUGAGCUCCCACUGGAUGAUAAAGGCCUCGAGGAUGAAG